GCUGGGACAUUUGUACCAAUGGUACGUAAGCUUAGAGUAGAAUUGAACAGGAGAGGCUCCAUCUCCUUAAAUACUGGUACAAGGCGAAAGCUCAGUUACCAGGGCGAAUCCACAAUUCAGUGAACAUAGAGUAGAAUAGAAUCUGUAAUUAGUAGGCCGGUGGGAUCUUUUGAAGUGUAGUAGUAAUAUGGAUUCUUUGGCAGAAACAACCAAGAACCAAGUUGUACUAAAAGAAGAAGAAGAAGAGGAGGAGGAGCACUUCUCGUACGCCAUGCAGCUAGUUACCUCCGCAGGGCUGCCCAUGAUGUUGCUUGCUGCCAUCCGGCUCAAUGUGUUCGAGAUCAUCGCCAGAGCUGGUCCCGGUGCUCAACUGUCGCCUUCAGAAAUUGCGGCUAACGUGUCUUCAGAAAACCCAAAUGCCGCUGCUAUGCUGGAUCGGAUGUUGCGGCUCCUGGCAAGCUACUCUGUGCUCACCUGCUCCGUUGCCACCGACGUGGAUGGUGAUCAUGCUAUCCAAACGCCAACAAGAGUGUAUGGAUUGGCGCCGGUGGCCAAGUUCUUUGUACAGAACAAAACAAAGGGAGGAGGUUCACUAAGCUCCCUGCUGGCCUUGCUUCAAGAUAAGGUCUUCAUUGACGGUGAGAUUUUCACUUUUCUUCUAUCCUGUUUAAUAAAAACAAAAACUCCUAUAGUUGAGAUUACUCCUUUGUGGAAGCAUAGUGCCUGGUCCAAAAGCGAUUCACUACCCUAA